UAGCAACCACGAUUCAGCUCAUCAUGGCCCGCUCCAUCGCAAAGAAGCCACGAUAGCGAUCACUGCAAUCACGUUGGACUGGCACAUUCUCUCUGCCCACGCUCGCUGGCACGAAUCGCGCGUCUCACAACGCUCAACUGCCACCUUCCGUCGCCAGACGGAGCGGAAUGCUGUCUUGCUCAGCUUGUCAAUUUCAUCGUCGUCGAAGCGCUCUUGAGGGUCACCGCCAUUACAAGCACUCUCAGCAUCACUUGCACGCUUUGCAGCUCGGAAGAUAGACAGCAACGCGAUCUCUACUCGCCACAAUGGCGUCUUUGGAUAAGCUGGCCAUUCGUGGUGUACGCUCAUUCGACGAGAAGAGUAUCAACAUCAUCCAGUUCUACACCCCACUGACCGUCAUCGUCGGUUACAACGGCAGCGGCAAGACUACCAUCAUUGAAUGUCUCAAGUAUGCGACCACAGGAGAUCUGCCUCCCAACACGAAAGGUGGCGCAUUCAUACACGACCCCACCAUGGCAGCAGCUAACGAGGUCAAAGCGCAGAUUCGCUUGCGAUUCUACAGCACCAGCAGAGUCCGCAUCAACUGCGUGCGAAACAUUCAAGUCUCCAAAAGGAAAACGACGGGUUUGACGAUGAAGACGCUCGAAGGUCUGCUGCAGGUGGACGACGAGAAUCGUAGAAACAAGCGAGCAGUCUUGUCCACAAAAUGCGCAGAGCUCGACGAGGAGAUUCCGCGUCUGCUGGGAGUCUCAAAGAGCAUCCUCGACAAUGUCAUCUUCUGCCACCAGGAAGACUCGAAUUGGCCUCUCUCAGAGCCCUCCGUGCUGAAAAAGAAGUUCGACGACAUCUUCGAGGCGACCAAGUACACGAAAGCACUCGAGAAUAUCAGAACGAUCCGCAAAGAGCAACGAGAGGAUCUCAGAGUCCAACGCGUCGAGCUGGAAAGCCUCAAGACUGACAAAGAGCGAUCCGAUGGGAUCCGAGAGAAGCGUCGAAGGCUAGAAAUCAGCCUGACGGAGAAUGAGAAUAAGCUUGACGAUCUGAACGAGGAUAUCAGGGCGCUGACAAAGGAGAACAAAGGUUUCUACGACAAGGCCGUGCGUUUCAGAGAGACAGUCGCCAAAGCAGAGACGAUGGAGGAGAAGAUGCGCCUUCAUCGAGAAAAUAUGGAACAGUUGCGAAGCACGAUGACGCACAUUGAUGAGCCUCAGUCCGAACUUCAGCGUCGCAAAGAUCGCUUUGGGGAGCAUCUGCAACGUCAGCGGGUUAAACAAGACAACUUGAAACGUAAAGUGCUCGACGGCAAGGAUCAGCUUCAGAGUGUUGAAGAGCGCAGGUCGCGCAAAAUCGGGGAAAAGGGGGGACUAGAGAAUGACCGCAAGCAUCACGACCAAGCGAUCGCAAAGAGAGAGCGAGAAAUCCGUCGCAUCAGCGGCGAGCUCAGUAUCAAAGGCUUUGACACCCAAGGGAUGACCGAAACCCAAGUCGAAGACUUUGCUCAACGCAUCGCUACACACGCACGCAAGGCCGAAGCUGAUCUUGACGAUGUCAAAUCCGAGGGCGUCAACAAAGAGCGACAUUUGACCAAUGUCUAUCAAGAAUUGCGAGGCAAUUUGCGCGCAAAAGAAGUCGCAAAGGAACAAGCCAGCGAUACGGCGCGUCGCGUGAAAGAACGCAAGAAACGUGCUCAGGAUGAACUCGACGGCUUCGCCAUUACAGCAUCCGAUCUGACAGCCGCGGAAAAGGACUUCAAAGAUGCCCAAGCUCGCUGCGAGGCAGUCUCGCAGGAAAUGCGAGGAUCUGAACACGAUGACCAGCUGCGCGACAUCAACAAGAACAUACGCCAUCUUGACCAGCAGCGCGAAGAGCUGACCGUCGAGCUCAAUAGCCUCAACCGGAACGCGGAUCAACGAGCAAAGCUCGACGUGAAGAAAGCUGAGAGGGAUCAGAAGGCGAAAGAGAUUGAAUCGAUCAUGCAACGCCACGAGUCCACCAUUCUUGAGCACUUGGGUUCGAAGCCAUCUUCCGACCGACUGGAGACAGAGGCCAUCCGUGUGAUGAGCGAAAAGGAGAGUGCUGCAAAUGCGGCCGAGAGAGCGGAUCAGGCUGCAAAUAAGGAGCUGCAGCUGGUUGAAGCUUCUUUGUCGUUCGCUCGCAGCAGCUUGCAAGAAAACCAGGCGAGAAGCGCUGCUCUGAGCAAAGAGAUUCGCAACACUUUGCUCGACAACGAGCAGACCGACAUAGCGUCUGGCCUGGACGAAUGCAAUCAAGAAAUCGCGACGGUCACCAACAUGCUGAGUGGCAUGGAGCACCUCGCCGGAUUCUUUAAACGCGUAAAAUUGGUAGGCGAUCAAGAUCACACUUGUUUUGGAUGCGGCAGAUCACUCGCACAGGGCGAGAAGGAAAGCUUCCACCGACACGUAGAAGAGCAAAUCAAGCUAGCAGCCAGAGCUGACCGCAAUGAACUCGAGGGCGAUCUCGCAGAGUGGAACAAAAGGCUGGCAGCGGUGCAGAGCCUCGUACCAAAGCAAGAGCUGCUCAAUACAAUUGACCGAGUCGAAGUUCCCAAGGCGAAACAGACCGUCGAGACUGAGCAGGCGCGACUCGCAGAAGCAAGUGCACGAGCAGAAACGACCGCUCAAGGCCUCACGAAAGCGCGCUCUGAUCUCAAAGAGCUGAACACCCUCAAGAACCUGGCGGCGGACGUCUCGCGCCUGCUGUCAGAAGUGUCUAGCCUGAGCAAAGAAAUCACGGCGCUAGAAUCCGACCUUUUGCGGACUGGUUCGACCAGAACCGGGAAUGACGUGCAAGCAGAGAUCGAUGCUCAAACGGAUCAGCUUAAACAAGCGAAACGCAAGCUCCAAACGGUGCAGAGUGAAAAGGAGCAUCUGCAAGGUCGUCUGACUCAAGCUGAGCGAGCUGUUCAUUCAGCAGAGUUGGCUUUUGCGUCUCAACGUCAAGAGGCUAGCAAACGUGAAGCUGCAGCCACGCGCGUCGAGGAACUUACGAACGAGCUCCAAGAAGCACAUAGACUUUCUGAAAAACUCAGCGAGGAGGUCGCGGCAGCCAGCACGCCGAUCCGCAAGGCUCAGAACGAAUUGGAACAAUUCAAGACCGAGCAAUCGACGCGAGAGGCUGCCGCUUCUAGCAAAGCUGCAGAACUUGGCGGGCACACCAAGCUGCUUGCUGAAUUGGACAGUCAAGCACAGAGAUUCAUCGUGCAGCGCGGGGAGGAAAAGAUGGAAGAUUGCGUCCAAGCGGUUGAGAAUUUUACUUCGGAGAUGCAGAGCAUCCAAAAGGAUAUACAAGCUGUCGAGGCAGACGCUGCAAAGAUCGAGAAAGAGUUCAACGAGUCGAAGGCGACCGAACGCAAUAUCAACGAUAAUCUGCGCUUCCGCACUCUCGACGCUGACGUCGCCCGCAUCCAGACAGAGUACGACAGUCUCAAUCUGGAGGAAGCCUACGAAGCGAAUCGCACCUGGACCGAAAAAUACAACACUUCGAAGGAGCGCGAGAACAAGCUGAACGGUGAGGCUGCCCACUUGGGCGGUGUGAUCAGCUCACUACGCACUGAAAUCCAGGGUCGCGAACAAGAGCUAAAGGAUAGCUACCAAAACGUGGAAAAGCGAUACACGGCCAAGCUCGUCGCAUUCAAGACUGGAGAAUUGGCCGAUCGCGACCUAGAGCUCUACGUCAAAGCGCUCGAGAAUGCAAUCAUGCGCUACCAUGCGAUCAAGAUGGAGGAGAUCAACGAGCAGAUACGAUAUCUGUGGGGCCGCACGUAUCAAGGCACGGACAUCGAUACCAUUCUCAUCAAAUCUGACAAUGAAGGCGCACGUGCUAAUCGCUCCUACUUUUACCGCGUGUGCAUGGUCAAAGACACGGUGGAGAUGGACAUGAGAGGACGUUGCAGCGCUGGUCAGAAGGUCCUGGCCUCGAUCAUCAUUCGCUUGGCUCUUGCAGACAGUUUUGGCGAAAAUUGUGGGAUUCUUGCGCUUGAUGAGCCGACGACCAACUUGGACAAGGAGAACAUCGUGGCGUUGGCAAAGAGCCUCAACGACAUCAUCAAGGAGCGCAAGAGUCAGAGCAAUUUCCAACUCAUCGUCAUCACCCACGACGAAGACUUCCUGACGAUGCUGGGACAGAGCGACAGCCUCGAUUACUACUGGCGCUGCUCCCGCACGGCCCAUCAGACUUCCAUCAUUGAGCGCGAACGCAUCCAGUGAUGCUCGCACCUCACCUUGACCCUGCUCGCACGCGGUCUCGUCUGCGUGACAUCAAUGCU